AGAUAAUAUCAUAAAAAAAGAUGCUUUGGAUUCUAAUCGCCUCAAUCGUGAUGUCUAAAACAGUUUUGGGUUCGGUAAUCACGCAGUUGACAGCAGGACAGUUUGAGGCGGAUGAUGAGGACAGCACCCAAAUAGUAUGGCUGCAGAUAACAGUGGAUCAACCUUACUGUAUAAAACAAGCUGUGCACAAAUGGAACGAAUCUAAGUCGGAGAACAUUCACUCUUGUGAAGAAAAGACAGCCUGCACCUGUAAAGGGUCGUAUUGUAAGGUCUCCACUUUCAGCGUUUCCACCGAGGGGCAAACCAAGCUGCCUGAAGAUGCGGCCUCUAGGACAGGAUGCAAGUGGGCUGAUACUGCCUUGCUAAAAAUGGAAAAUGACGAUGAUAUUUUCCAAGAGGAUAUUGAUCACCAGAUAUUGAUUCACGAGAAAACAGGCAAUGGAACAGAUCAGCUGAUUGUAAAAGUAUCUGGCGGGCAAAUCUCUACCGAAAAGAAUGGCGAUUGGAUUUACCAAACUUGGUUUCAAGUAACCUUGAACGAGGAAGUUUGUGUGAAUGAGAUUGUCCACAACUAUGCAAUUCUCCCGGACUACCGCAACAAGUAUUCCUGCACAAAGACGGGAGAUUGCACGUGCGAUGGCAUGAUGUGCCCAGGAAUUACUUUAGAGGUUAGUGGCGGCACUGAAAACCAGAAAGAAACCGACUGCAAGAUGGGAAAGACUUUUAAAUUCAUGGUCACUAAUGACGGCUCUGGACUUGGCAUGGGAUACAGUAACGAUGUGUAUCAGAAGAUGAUAAUAUCUUCACUAUCAGGUGUGGGACCCGUGACGACACACACCUAUCUCCUUGUAGCGAUCCUUACAUCGUUCUACUGGCUGAACUGACUUAGAAGACCUGUAAAACCAAUACCACUAGAACGAUUAGAAGUUUGAUAACUUCCGCGGAUUAUUGAUCAAUAGAUGUUAAAGGUUUACGGUUUGAUU